GCGCGUUCAGCAGUCGCUGUUUGGGACGCUGGUUGCGCUGAAGGUUGCUCUGUGCUCCCGUCUCGCUGUGACAGGCGGUCCCUUCCCAGAUCCCGGGACGGAUUGGGCGCGCGCCCAUGUGUAUGUGAGCGGGACUCAGGGCAGAGGCGUCCCCUCGCUGUCUUUUUUUCUGCCUUUUAUCCAAAGAAGGAGGCAGUUCGCACGCUUGCCUUCCUGUUCCCAGUUGGGAGCGGGGUUAGUGUGCGGAGUGGUUCGUUUUUUUUCCUUUUAAACUUCUGAGCGCUUUAUUUUUUAUUUUUCAUUUUCAUUUUAUUUUUUUCAGGCUCAGCCACCUGGGCUGGUUUCCUUGGUCCCUGACUAAUUGCUUUCUCCCCUUCUCUUGCCACCCCCGCCCAAGGUCGCCCCUCUGCCCUGGUCCCUAGCCCGGGAGGGUGGGAAGCUUUGUCCCGCUCCCUUUUCACCCGCGUCUCCGCAGCCGUAAGCGCACCUGCCUCAAUAUGAAUGGGGUCAACGACCCACCACUUUUUAUAAAAGAUAUUAAGCCCGGACUGAAAAACUUAAAUGUCGUCUUUAUUGUCCUGGAGAUAGGACGCGUGACCAAAACCAAAGACGGCCAUGAAGUGAGAUCAUGCAAAGUGGCCGAUAAAACGGGAAGCAUCACUAUUUCCGUGUGGGAUGAAAUCGGAGGUCUCAUACAACCAGGGGAUAUUAUUCGGUUAACCAGAGGAUAUGCAUCCAUGUGGAAAGGAUGUCUGACACUUUAUACUGGGAGGGGUGGAGAACUUCAAAAAAUUGGGGAAUUUUGUAUGGUGUAUUCAGAAGUGCCAAAUUUCAGUGAACCUAACCCAGAUUAUCGAGGACAACAAAACAAAGGGGCACAUAGUGAACAGAAGAAUAAUUCCACGAAUAGUAAUAUGGGUACAGGUACAUUUGGACCAGUGGGAAAUGGGGUUCAACCUGGCCCAGAAUCAAGGGGAUGUCAAUUUUCAUAUGCUGGUAGAAGCAGUGGCCGGGGAGCUAUAAAUCCACAGCUACCAGGAACAGCUAAUACUCAGACAGUCAUUACCACAAUAAGUAAUGGCAGGGACCCUCGGAGAGCCUUUAAAAGAUGACCUAUGCCAAAUACUCACAUGUAGUUUUUAAACUACAUGCCCUACUUGAACACUUACUGCACUUUUAUUUAUUGUUAACUGUGAAAACUAUGUUCUUUAUCAGUUUCUUUUUAUGUUUUUGGUUUGUUAACAAAAGUGGUUUGUUUUUAUAGCAAAACUGUUAAGCUGCUCAAGUCUCCUAUUGAAGAAUGGGAAUACGCUGAAAGUAGGGGCAUUUAUUUCUAGAGCAAAAAUGUUUUUGGAUAUCCUCUAGUUUUGGAUAUAACUCACCCUUGAGUUACUUAAGACAUCGGCAUUAUAGCCUCUAUGAGUCUAUCUUCUGCGUACAUUUUGUAAUAUUUAAAAUAAGGCUUAGUGCGAGAUGUUCUCUGUCUUAAAGUCAGAUAUUGCCAACUAAAGCGAUAACCAUCAAAGAAACCAAAAACUUGAUCAAUGCUAGCAGUAAUUUGUAAGUGUUUGUGAUUCCAGGAAUGACUAGCCUCUUCAUUGGGUGACUGCCAUUAAGAUUUUCCAAGUACUGAAUCAUCCUAAAUUCUUGUUUUAUUACCAAAAAACAUAUUCUUUACCAGAGUUACAGUUUAGAAUGUGAUCUGUAGUAUAACAAGUGAUUUUUAGAAGAAAAGCUACAUUUACUUUAUUUAGGAUGGUCCUUUAAUAUUUGUUAUCAACUUGAUGCUUUACACAGAAAAAAUUUAAAACUGAGGCUUUGGGUAUUUAUUUUUUUGAAACUACCAUGUUAAAUAUUAAAGUAUAAUUUGAGGGAGUUAUAGGGUCAUUAUAAACAUUUAUCUAAUUAUUAUUAAAAAUUAUGGGCAGUAAACAUAGUGAAGGCAAUUCAAAUUGAAUUCAUGGAGAAAUAUGCUGUCUUAAGUUACAGGAUCCUAGGUACUUGUAAAAACUCAGCCUGGAGUAAAAACCCUAGGUACUUAGUUUAUUUGAAGGGUGUGUUAUGUCUGUGUGUGUGUUUGUGUAUGUGUGUGUGUGUGGUUUAUUAAAGUUUCUGAACAAAAUUUACAAAGCCUUAUCAGCAAAAGUUAAGAAAUGGCUCUCUCAGAAGCGAGUACAGCUUUAUGCAGAAAUGUAAAAGUAGAGUUUAUUUAUGUGUUGUAAAUGGUCCCCAGUUCCGCUUUUUAUUGUAGGGUGGAUAACUGGUGAGAUUUUCCUUUGUUAGAAUUCAACUCUUUUUAUUAUCUCUUGAAUAAAAACUUACAUUAAUGUUAACAGACCUACCCUUUGCUCUUUCAGUGAUUUACAGUGGAGAGCCAGUACGUUUUACUGUAGCUAUAAUGACGACUUCGGCCUGGUGAAUACCAGCUCUGCAGUUGUUGCUCUGUCUUGUUCCCCCAUCUCAAGUCGCAAAAUUAUUUAAGUAGACUUUGUUUUCUGAAAAUUCCAUAGUGUUUGAAUAUAAAAUUCGUGUGAGAUUAUUUAUUCUAAUUCAGUGUAGCAGACAAAUAUUUCAGUACAUGUUAUGUGUUAGGCACUGUGAGGAGAGUUAAGGGGUAGAUGAAAUAAUGCACAAUAUUAAGGAGCUUAUUUAUGGUUUAUAGUACUUUGGUAAUGGGUUUUACAUACAUGGUGGGGCAAAAGUAGGUUUAUCGUUCUGAGUACGUAAAAGUUUAUUCUUGUAUUGUUAAUUGUAUUUUUCAUAUAAAUAACUGUAAACCUCUUUUUGCCCCACCCUGCAUUGUAGAAGUUCUUCCUUUAUAUACUGAUGAUGAUUGUUAAUUUGACUUUAUGACUAAUAUUUUCUUAAGAUGUUUGCAAAAUUACAGAUAUUUGGAGUAAAUAAUAUUAUUACAAAUUAAUAUAUAUGUUUUUCUUUUAAAUCAAGUGGUAGUAGGAGCAAUAACACUAAGUUAUUUGUGGAAGAAUACAGUGUUAAAGGUGAUUCAGAAGAUAAUUUUGGAGUUUUGGAAAAUUACACUAUAAGUAUGGGUCACUGAGCUUCCAGUUAGGCCUCAUUAUCUCACUUGUGAUGGUGGGCAAGUUGUUAUAUCUGAAACCUCUGUAAGUCUUAGGUUCCACAACUGUAAACAUAAGUAUUGUUACCUCUUUGUAGAAUUACUUGAAAUUUUCCAUGUAAGUGAUUCGAAUGAUUUCUGACACAUAAUGAUCAGUCAAAUAUUUGUUGUAUAGUCAUACCUUAAGAACAGAAAAAAUGCAGGGUUCGGUGUGGAAGUAUUGAUACCUUUUAACAUGGUCAGAUUAAAUAGAGAGAGACUUCAGGUUAUACUUUUAUAAUUGACACUUGUGUUAAUAAUCUUACCGUGUUCUAUGUUUUUUAAUCAUUUAUUAACAGAUUUCUUUUUUCUUAAGGGAAGCCUCUAACACGAAAGCAAAGUGAGUUACAACCCAUAAUGAAUAUUUGGCUUACCAGUCUGCUGGGACAAUACUCAACAAGAAGAGGAAGAAAGUUUCCUACCUUCCUCCUUCCUGGUGCUUUCAGCUAUCAACUUAUAUUUAAAUGUUUAAACACCUACUGAAAACAAAAACUGCUUAGUAUAGAAAUACAUGCUCCUAGGAUUGGGUCCUAUUUUAUUUCUACAAAAAAGUUCUGAAGUAGAUGACGUCUCAUCAACCAGCUGGCCCCUCCUGUCUGGUCAGGUUCUUGGGGGGAAUUGCUCCAGUACAGAAAUAGAAAAAUGAAACCCACGAGGCCAGGCCAUGAUGUGUAAUAGUGCCGUACACUUUCCCAGUGGCAUUUAAGCAGAUAUUCUAUAGUAUACCAACUCCUGUGCUUUGUUCCUGUAGGUUCAAUAGUUCUGUUUUGAAUUUGAGGACAGUUGAACCUGAAGAUAUCCUGAAUAUUUAUAGUA